AAACCUGACAGAUCUUCAGGGGCUAACAAACCAGGUCUUGUGGCAUCUUAUGGAGGCGACAGCGACAGUGGGGAGGAAGAUGAUACACCGUCACCUUCCUUGGAUGAAUCCAAGUUAGUGGACUGGACUAAGUUAGCCUGCUUGUUGUGCAAGAGACAGUUUCAGUCAAAAGACAUCCUCAACAAACACAUCCAGGUGUCCGAUUUACAUAAGCAAAAUCUGGAAGCUCUAAUGAAGUCCAAAGGAACAUCGAGUGCUGAAAAGAUUGAGUACCGUGAUCGAGCCAAGGAACGGAGACAGAAGUACGGGGUUCCUGAACCCCCAGAACCCUUGAAGAAAACUGUCAGUGAUUUUGAACCUUCGGCAUCAGUAGCAUACGAAGAACCAACAAAGUUUGGAAUCGGUGGAGAAAAUGUCGGCAGUAAACUCUUACAGAAGAUGGGCUGGUCCCAAGGACAGGGACUUGGCAAAUCCAACCAGGGUCGGGUGGAUCCCAUUGAG